AUGCGAGAAUUUCCUCCAAACCCUGAAGCAGAGAGCAUGUUUGUGAGGUUUAUGUCUUUUGCUGGUAGUGGUGAUUCUACUCUUCCUGAUCCACGGGAAAUCGGAGAGAAACCUUUAACAUUAUCUUCAUCCACCAAAGUUGUUAACCAUAAAAUUUCUCAGUUGGCACCAAGCCACCAACAAAGCAUGAAGGCAAGGAUUAUCACCCCAACAGACAAGAGACGGAACACCCUCACCACACUUUGCAUUGAUGGAUUGUGUGACUUACUCUUAGGUCUUGCAGGACGAACUUUCAUCAUCCAAUGCACAGACAGAGGCACAGUCUUCGCUGAAGGAGAACCAUGUUGGGCCAUCGACAGUUAUGAUGCGGAACUCCGGGCUCUAAUUCAAGGGCUCAAAGCUGUCAGCCAACUCAAGCUCGAGCUCGGCUCGAGUCAAAAUCUUGGAACCAGUCUCUUGGGUCUAUGGUUUUCUCUCCUACUUUUGUCCCAAGGAGUUGCUUCAGUAGAUUAUGCAUCGGCUCUAACAAAGUCUCUGCUAUAUUAUGAAGCUCAGAGAUCCGGAAACUUACCUCCCAACCAGAGAGUGCAAUGGCGAGGGAACUCUGGUCUCCAAGAUGGAAAGGAUGCGGGCAUUGAUCUCGUCGGAGGGUACUAUGACGCCGGGGACAACGUGAAAUUCGGGUUUCCGAUGGCAUUUACAGUGACGAUGCUUUCAUGGAGCGCAGUGGAGUUUGGGGCUGAGCUCUCGGCAAAGAAAGAGCUCAAACAUGCCUUGGAUGCCAUUAAGUGGGGGACCGAUUACUUGAUCAAAGCUCACCCACAGCCCGACGUUCUGUAUGGCGAAGUUGGGGACGGCAACUCCGAUCAUGCCUGCUGGAUGAGACCAGAAGAUAUGACCACCCCAAGAACUGCUUAUAGGAUUGAUGACCAACACCCUGGAGCAGACCUCGCUGGAGAAACAGCAGCUGCUCUUGCCGCUGCAUCGAUAGCUUUCCGCAAAGCCAAUCCUCAAUAUGCUUCUAAACUUCUCACUCAUGCAAAGCAGCUCUUUGUCUUUGCUCGCAAUCACCCGGGCGUGUAUCAAACCAGCAUUCCGGUCGCCGGAGCGUUUUACUCCAGCAGUGGAUUUGAGGAUGAACUGCUCUGGGCAGCUGCAUGGCUCCAUCGAAACACAAAUGAUCAUACUUACUUGGAUUACCUUGGCAGCUCCGGUAACACAGGCGGCACUAGAUCCAUGUUUUCUUGGGACGACAAAUUUGUGGGAGCCCAGGUUCUAGUCUCAAAGCUUGUUCUGGAAGGAAAAGUUCAAAACACAGGGAAGUGGGCAGAAUACAGGAGUGAGGCGGAGCAGUUCAUCUGCAAUUGCGUUCAGAAAGGGAAUAACAACGUGCAGAGGAGUCCCGGGGGUCUGUUGUGGUGGCAGCCGUGGAACGACCUUCAAUAUACCACCUCCGCUAUGUUCGUCGCAACCGCCUAUUCUGAGUAUCUGACGGCCGCCCGUGCCACCAUCCAGUGCCAAGGGGGUAGAGUUGGGCCUUCGGAUCUAAUUUCAUUCGUUCGUUCACAGGCGAAUUACAUUCUGGGUUCAAACCCGAAGGGAAUGAGUUAUAUGGUGGGAUUCGGGUCAAGCUAUCCUCAAAUGGUCCAUCAUAGAGGUGCUUCCAUUGUGUCGAUCAAGAAGGACAGGACACCGGUGACAUGCAAAGGUGGCUACGACAUGUGGUUUAACAGAAAUGCACCGAAUCCGAACGUGUUGGUCGGGGCCAUCGUCGGAGGCCCGGAUCAGAAUGAUGCUUACACAGAUUCGAGGUCAAACUUCCAGCAAGCAGAGCCUGCAACCGUUAAUACAGCACCUUUCGUUGGAGUUUUGGCCAAACUUGCAUGA